AAAAUGGCUCAGACUGAAGUUGUCUUGAUCACAGGCGCCAACACUGGCAUCGGCUAUCAAAUAGUCAGAGCCCUUGCCUCGUCAGGCAAAGCAUACGAUAUCAUUGUUGCUGGACGCUCGCUCGAUAAAAGCAAGCUUCAUCCGCUGCAAGUCGACAUCGAGUCGGAUGAGUCCAUCGCUGCUGCCCUCGAGACCGUUCAGUCGCAGUUUAGUUGUGUCGAUGUCUUGAUCAACAACGCAGGAGGUUCGUUUGACAACCUAGUCGCUGAAGGCAAGAUGACCCAACGCGAGAACUGGCUCAAGUCUUGGAAUGUCAACACAGUAGGAACCCAGAUCAUGACCCACACCUUCGUGCCAUUGCUCCUCCAAACAGCCAGCCCAAGGCUUCUUUUCAUCACGUCUGGAGUCUCAACACUGGAAGGCACGGAGCACGCAGAGUCGCGUCUUGACCAACCCGCAGCCAAAGGCUGGCCCAAGCAGGAUAUGAGUCCUGCUGCAUACCGAAGCAGCAAGACUGGUAUGAACAUGAUGAUGCGUGAAUGGUACAGAUUGCUACAGAAAGACGGAGUCAAGGUCUGGUGCAUCGCGCCAGGUAUAGGUGGCGUUGGACCGGAGGUUCUCAAGAAGAUGGGAGCGGGCGACGCAGAGAUUGCUGGACCUUUUAUCUUGAGUGUCGUGCAGGGUGCUAGAGAUGCAGACGUGGGAAAGGUUAUCGACAAGGAUGGAAUUCAGGCAUGGUGA